AUGCCGGCUAACCUCGAGAUCCCCGAUGAUAUCCUGCAGGAUAUCAGGGACCAAGUGGUCCUGAUCACCGGUGGCUCCUCCGGCAUCGGCAGAGCAACAGCCCAGCUAUGUCUCAACCUGGGCGCCCACGUGCUAAUCGGCGACGUGAACCCGCCCAAGACAGAAUUCGAGCACAGCGAAAGACUCAAAUACAUCAAGGUCGACGUAACGACCUGGGAAAGCGUGCGGGCCAUGUUCAUCGAAGCAGAGCAGGUCUACAACCGCAUUGACCACGUCUUCGUCAACGCCGGCGUCGCCCCAACAACCAACUUCCUGGACGACACGCUCGACGAGUCCGGGCAGCUCGCCCCGCCCAACAUGCGGACCAUCGACGUGAACCUGGUCGGGAUGAUCUACACCGUGCGACUGGCAGCGCAUUACAUCAAGAAACUUGCAAGCCAGCGCCCCGCCGACCACAAGACGGGCAGCAGUAUCGUCGUGACGGCGUCCGCGUCCUCGUUCCAGAUCUUUAGUAUCGGCGACUACACCGUAAGCAAGCACGGGGUGGUGGGACUGCUGCGCGGGAUGGUCAGCCAGCUCGAGGGCGAGAUUCGGAUCAAUGCGGUGGCGCCGUCGUGGACGGAUUCUGCGAUGAUCCCCAAGCCAAUACUCGAGUCGCUGGGGGUGACGGCUCAGCCGGCUGAGGCUGUUGCUCGCAGUGUGUUGUUUUUGUUUGUUGAUCGCGCUCGGCAUGGCGAUGUUAUUUAUAGUUGGGAGGGCAAGUACCGCGAGGUUAACAACAGCGGGGAUGGGUUCCUUGCUCAUGCGGCGAGUAUUUUACCAAAUUCGAAGAAUGAGGAGGGGAUUGUUACGAAGAUAAGAGAGAUGGCGAGGAGUCAGGGGAAGUGA